AUGGCCUCAAACAUGGAGAUUGCCAUGAAUCCAUGGGAAGUCCAAGCGUUGGAUUACCAAUUCUCAGACGAAGCACUACCGAUUCAAGGGGGGACAUCGGAUGCUCCCAGGAGUACAUGGCCGGCCAUGUCAGAUUCCGUAUUCUACCCAGGCUUAUAUUCCGGCACCGGUUUCGACAUUCUGGCGAUUUUGCUACGUGUCGUGAACCGACCAAACCCCCAAUUUGAAAUCGGUGCCGUGGACUGCUCCGUCGCCCUCGUGCUCUGUGACCUCGAGCAGCCCGACCAGCCCAUUGUGUACGCAUCUGACGCAUUCUGCGACCUCACCGGCUACUCGCAAGCAGAAGUCCUAGGCCAUAACUGUCGGUUUCUGCAAAAGCCGCACCCCAGCGCAAAGGGAAAGUCAAAAUCUAAGCCUAGACACGACAAGGCGGCUGCUUCUCAAAUGCGGCAUGCACUGCAGAGGGGGGCAGAGAUACAACUGACUGUGUUGAAUUACCGAAAGGAUGGGCAUCGGUUCAACAACCUCAUCAGCAUCAUUCCCGUGGAGCUGGAUGAAUCUGGCUAUCGUUAUGCUGUCGGGCUGCUGGUUGAAGUUGAGUAG